UGUUUACCGGCAGCUCCGCGUCACGUGACCCGGCGGGGCCCCGGCGAUCCGCCCGAGGGGGCUCGUGCCGCCAUGAGGGCUCUGACCCCGCGCUGGCGGCCGCUGGCGCUGCGGGCGGCGGCUGAGCGGUGGGGGCCGCCAGUCCCCCGACGCGGCUCCGCCGAGGCCGGCGGCCGCCAGCCCCUUCAGGAGUGGGCGCUGGCGGUCAGCCCCCGGGGGCGGCUGCGGGUGCGGCUGCCCUGCCAGGUGAGCGUCCGCCCGCUGGAUCCGGAGCGCUACCCGGGCGCGGACCGCGUGCUGGUGGCCGCCAGCGGCGCCGGCGGCAGCAGCCCCCCGCCCCGCGGCCGCCUCCGCGUGGAGUACGAUGAGGCGCUGGGGCAGAUGGCGAUCGUCGCGGACGGUGUGGACAGCAAGGCCGCCGUGGACGUCAGGACGCCCGUCAAGUUCGAUUUGGAUAUCAAAACAUCAGGGACUGGAUGCGUGAAGAUUCAGAAAAUAGAGUGUGAUAACUGCAAAAUAGAAACGGAGAAGGGGACUAGUGUCUUGCAGUCAAUAAAGAGCCAUAAAAUUGAUAUACGAACAAACGGUGGCAAAGUAAUUGGUCUUGGAACACUUUACGGAAAUAUAGAUAUUCGUGCAACAGAAAAGGGUAGUGUGAAUAUAGAGAAGCUGCAGGGGACAUCCAUCAACAUAUGUACUGAAGAUGGGCUGCUGAAAACUAAGUACCUUUAUGCAGAAUCAUCAUCUCUGUCUUCAGUAGGUGGUGAUAUUCUACUGGGAAGUAUUCAUGGUAAUACCAACCUUCAGACCAAAACAGGGAAUAUCACAGUAGAUUCAUCAGAUGGAAGUCUAAAAGCUUCUACACAUCAUGGAACAAUAGAUGUUUAUGUCAGUCAAUUAAGAAAAGUAGAUCUGAAAUCCCAAAAAGGUUCAAUUACAGUCAAGGUACCUGCCUCUCUCAAAGCCUAUUUACAGCUGUCUGGAAGAAAAGUGGAUGUGAGUUCAGAGAUCCAGUUAAAAGAAACACAGAGUUCCUCCAAAGAUGAUCAAGUAACUAUAAGUGGUCACAUGAAUCAAAGGGAUGAAUCGGACAAAUGGAUUAAGGCUGAUACACAAAAUGGCAAAGUGUGUCUUAAAAGCCAAAGCUGGAUCCAGUCUGUCAAGCUGAAGGAUUCUUGAAGAUGAAAUAGGCCAAAGAGAUUAAAUCACGGAAUUGUAAAGGAACACUUCUGUAAAAUCAUGAAACUUUGUUGAUGUAUGUUCUUAAUAUAAGAGAGAAACAAUAUUAAAAAUGAGGGUGUUUUAACCCAA